AUGACCCAUGAAAUGACGGUGUUGAUUUCCAUCAUUCUACAUGUCAAGUGCAAGUCUGGCUUUCUUCCGACUUUAUCAGGAAGCCUGUUUAAGCCUCCUGUGACUAAUACUGCUUCCGUUGGUAGCCCUGUACAGGUUGCGCCUCCCAACCCAGCUCCUGCACCCACUCCAGCACCUAUCGUAAACCCUUUCCUCUCCGGUGGAUUUCCAUCUGCACCUGCGCCUGUGCCUGCACCGGCACCUGCACCUUCAUCGAGUCCUCUGUCGGCAGCACUUUCUCCAACAGGCAUAGCUCCAUCACCAGCACCGGCUCCAUCAGGAGAUGCACCACCGGAAGGAUUUUUUAAUCCCACCAAAACCGACAAGACGCCAUACAGCCAAAUUAGUACGAAUCACGUCAUGAACAUGAACUUUGGUAUCAAUAUGGAUGUGUCGUUCAUCAAACGGGUUGAAAACAAGGAUGACAAGUACUGUCAAACACACUGUCUGGACGACUUGCAGAACUGUGCAGUCGCUGUCCAUUACCCGACAUGCAGGGACUGGACUGUUGGCGUCCCCGACCACUGGGUUCCAACCGGCAGACCAACCUUCCAGACAGGGGCAGCAGUGUCCCGUAGCUUCUUGUGUGAAGAAGGCUACCAGAGGAGCGGCGUGUUGAAAGUGACCUGUGACUCCUCGGGGGUGAAGACUGCACAAUUGGGGGCAAGUUGUACAAAACCUGAAGAAUCCACUAACACAGGAGGAGGACUACCCACCAUUGAUAUUCCUGUUUUGCCGCAAGUCAACUCAUUUCUAAACAGACCUUUACCUGUAACGACAAGAAAACCUGAUACAACUAGUCUCACUACAUCGAGCACCACAACAACAUCGCCUACUACCAGUUCCACAACAUCGAGUACAACUACAACAUCGCCCACGACGAGCACCACUACAUCCAGCACAACUACAACAUCGCCUACAACGAGCGCCACGACCUCAAGUACCACAACAUCACCUACUACCAGUUCCACAACAUCGAGUACAACCACAACAUCGCCCACGACGAGCUCUACUACAUCCAGCACAACUACAGCAUCGCCUAGUACGAGCUCCACUACAUCUAGCACAACCACAACAUCCCCUACGACGAGCUCCACGACCUCAAGCACCACAAAAACAUCGCCUACUACCAGUUCCACAACAUCGAGUACAACCACAACAUCGCCUACGACGAGCUCCACUACAUCCAGCACAACUACAACAUCGCCUACAACGAGCGCCACGACCUCAAGUACCACAACAUCACCGCCUACUACCAGUUCCACAACAUCGAGUACAACCACAACAUCCCCCACGACGAGCUCCACAACAUCGAGCACAACUACAACAUCGCCUAACAUCGUCUACGACGAGCUCCACGACCUCAAGUACCACAACAACAUCGCCUACUACCAGUUCCACAACAUCGAGUACAACUACAACAUCGCCCACGACGAGCUCCACUACAUCCAGCACAACUACAACAUCGCCUACAACAAGCGCCACGACCUCAAGUACCACAACAACAUCUCCUACUACGAGCUCCACUACAUCCAGCACAACCACAACAUCGCCCACGACGAGCUCCACAACAUCCAGCACAACUACAACAACAUCCCCUACGACGAGCUCCACUACAUCGAGCACCACAACAACAUCCCCUACGACGAGCUCGACUACAUCCAGCACAACCACAACAUCCCCUACGACGAGCUCCACAACAUCGAGCACAACUACAACAACAUCCCCUACGACGACCUCCACUACAUCCAGCACCACAACAACAUCCCCUACGACGAGCUCCACUACAUCCAGCACAACUACAACAUCUCCUACGACAUCGACAACUUCAACAACGAGCAAAACAAGUACAACAACGACACCUGUCGUAAACCCUUUCCUCUCCGGUGGAUUUCCAUCUGCACCGGCACCUGCACCUUCAUCGAGUCCUCUGUCGGCAGCACUUUCUCCCACAGGCAUAGCUCCAGCACCAGCACCGGCUCCAUCAGGAAAUGCACCACCGGGAGGAUUUUUUAA